AGUACUUUUGAUUUCGUAGCUGGUGUAUAAAAUAUAAUCACAUUCCCGGGAUCGCAGCUAGUGUGAUCGGAGGUUUGAGAGUAUCGCUGUUAUCAGAUGCUCCACCUUUUACAAAUGAAGUACGGCAAAAAAUUUCAAGGUGAAUGUGGAAUUGUGAUCAAGUAGUAUGGAAUGAUGUCAUAAGAAUGGCUCAUGAUCACACCCAACGUCAGUCUGGAAUGCCGGAAGUGAAGCAAAAUAAGGUGGUACAUCAGGCGAAUUCAGGCAUUUCUACCAGUUUCGGAUGCGCAUACUUGGCGCAUGGCAUCAGGUCUCGUUUUACUUUAAAAUAUAAAUAUUUCUGUUUGUUUUUCGGCUGCUGAUCAGCAAGGACAAAAUUUCAAGCUGUAUUGGUGAAUAAGAUUAUUAGCUUUCCCCUGGUCAUCCUUCAGUUUCCGGUAUUUACGGCACACUAUUCAAGUAGCGUUUUAUCGGCUAGUUUUACUUAAUGGGGUGCUUAUAUCAGACUCUUUUCAAGAUUGGUGCCCAUUGUAUCAAAGAGUAGUUUCAUAGGACGUAAAUUAGAGAAAAAAAUUGGACUGCACCAAUGCCAUUAGCACAUCAUGAUACAGACUCGUGGGAAAGUGACAGUUGCAUUACAUAGUUCCAUUCUUACCCCAACUAUGGCUGCCUUUUAUAAUCAUGCGAUAGGAGGUGAAAUCGAUAAUUUAUUGGC